AUGUGCGCUAAUGAGGCUGCAGUGAUGGGAACUGAUAGGCUGCACUGAUAAGCGGCACUGAUGGACAUUGACAGGCAUCACUGUUACCAGGGGUGGACUGGCAACUCAUGGGGCCCCCGGGCAAUAGGGGAUCAUGGGGCCCCUGUGUCCUUGCCCAAACUCAAAAAAGCCUAUGAAAAAGGUACCAGGGGCAUCUCAUGGGGGCCCCUACUGACCCCAGGCCCUCGGACAGGGCCCGAGUUUUCAAAUGGUCAGUCCGCCCCU